CUUUCUUUCUUCCGGGAAAUCUUAAAGCAAAAGUUGUCACACCUCUCCCCUUGUAUCACGUUCAAGGGUUGACGCUUAUGCUUGAAGCUCAGAAAAAGUCUCUGAAUUUGUUGUCUAUAAAUUAGACAUUGGAUCUUAGAACAAGUCAUCCACAAUACAAGUUCAUGUACUAUUUCCCUUGUACAGACAUCAGCAACAUGGAGAACAAACAUGGUAAUACAACCUUAUUUUUGCUCUUUCUAUGUCAUGGAAUCUUAACGUGGAAUGUUAGAGCAAAGGGUUUGUUGUCAUUCUUGUUUUUCUUCAAGUCUGUGUUUAGCUACGUGGCUCAAAAAUGGAAGACGUGGAUGAAUAGUAGAGUGGAGUCAAGUUGUGAAGGUGUGAAGCAGGGCUUGGACUACAUUGAGAGAGGGCUUAGAGUGUGCAAAGAAGACGUGGUUUUGGUGAUGGAAAAGUUAGGGAUGAUUGUUGAAUGUGAAUGUGAUGGGAUUGGGGAAUGUGCUGUCGAAGAAAUUGAGGAAUUGUUUGACGAAGAUGUCACCUUGUCGGAGGUAGAAGCAGCCUUUGACGUGUUUGACGAAAACAAAGAUGGGUUUAUAGAAGCGAGAGAGUUGCAGAGAGUGUUGUGCUCUCUGGGGUUAGAGAAAGAUUUGAUGGAGUGUCAGAAAAUGAUCAAUGCAGUUGAUAAAAAUGGUGAUGAACUCGUUGAUAGAACUGAGUUUCAGAGAAUUAUGGAACAGAGUUUUGGGUGAAAGUUUUUCACUUUUUAUGAAUC